AUGGCACUUCCAAUAGUUUGGGAGAUUACUUUCAGAUUAGAUGGUGAUUAUAGCAGUUAUGAUUAUGAUGUUACAAAAUUAGGUGCACGUAAACAAACACAUAAACAUCCAUUGGCAACUGUAGCAGCAACAACAAUUACUUCAACUGCUUCUUCCUCACGUCCUGAUGGUCAUAGUACAGACGAUGAAGAUUCAGUAAAUACUGAUCCACAACAAAGCUUAUCAAUAGUGCCAACAACACUUGCUGCUACAACGAAAACUAUAUCUCCUGGUAAUAAAAAAAGAAAAAAUAAGGAUAGAUUGACUGGAACAACACGUUCAACUCCUGCACAAGAUCGUCUUCGAGUCAGAACAAAAGAAAGCGCUGUUGCUACUUCUCCAUCCGCAUCAUCACCACAGCCUGCCAUCGCUACAAAACCAAUGCAACCAAAAACCGUGGUUUCUGCUACUAGAAAACGUGGUCGUGUAUUAGAACAUGAAGAGAAUGAUGAAAACAACGGUGAUACACCUGGUAUGCUAGAUUGCAGUACUACUACAUCAACAAACGGUAAAGCAAUGAAAGCUAAAAAUCGUGCUACGACAAAUAAACGAAUGAAAAAAUAG